UGAUAUAGGAGGUUAAUUCUAAUUAACAAUGGAUGGGGUAUGAAUACGGUUUGGCAAAAACUUUCAAUCCUAGAGAUGAAGUUAAAAAAAGUGGCGUAUUUAUGAAACCACCAGAAGAUUUAACUUUAGAAGAACAAUAUAAAGAAUUUCAAAAGAUGAAUAUUUCCGAAUGGACAAACGUAAGAAUUCCUAGACCAAAGGAUUGGAAUGAUUAGACGAUAUUGCAUCUCAUUAAUGUAUUAAAUAUAAUUUAACGAAAAUAAUAAAAUUAUACAAGAUA